UCUGGGCCUGAGGAGAGGCCAGUGCUUCCCCAGGAGCAGUAGGAUUGGAUGACUUAGGCUGCUGUGAGGAGGGACAACAGUGGCUGGAGCCCCACCAUGGGCCGGAUGCCCCUGCCGCCCUCCUGGGCCUGGGAGCCUGUGGCAGACCCUGAGGGAGCCACCAGGGAGCCCCUCUCCACCCCAGAGGCUGUGCCCCCUGCCAGGCCCCAGGAUGCCACCUGGUAACUAAAAGGGUCCAGAGGCUGGCAAGUCCAGGCCAGAUGACUAAUGCCUCAGGGCUCCUGGGAACAGCCAGCGCCCUGCUGGUAUCAGCAACCUGGCCUCAGCCUAGCCCCCUACCAGCCAUGCCCGCUGGGCCACAGAUGGACCACGUGGGGAACGGCUCUCAGGGCACCUCCCGGCUCUUCCUCACCACCACGCUGGCACGCAGCAUCUCAGGCAUCUUUGUGUGGACUGCCCUGGUGCUCACCUGCCACCAGAUCUACCUGCACCUGCGCUCCUACACCGUCCCCAGUGAGCAACGUUACAUCAUCCGCCUGCUCUUCAUUGUGCCCAUCUAUGCCUUUGACUCCUGGCUCAGCCUCCUGCUCCUCGGGGGCCACCAGCACUAUGUCUACUUCGACUCCGUGCGGGACUGUUAUGAAGCCUUUGUCAUUUACAGCUUCCUGAGCCUCUGUUUCCAGUACCUGGGGGGCGAGAGUGCCAUCAUGGCUGAAAUCCGGGGAAAGCCCAUACAGUCCAGCUGCUUCUACGGCACCUGCUGCCUGCGAGGCAGGUCCUACUCCAUCGGCUUCCUACGCUUCUGCAAGCAGGCCACACUGCAGUUCUGCGUUGUGAAGCCCGCCAUGGCCUUGGUCACCAUCAUCCUGCAGGCAUUUGGCAAAUACCACGAUGGGGACUUCAACAUCCACAGCGGCUACCUGUACGUCACCCUCAUCUACAACAUCUCGGUCAGCCUGGCCCUCUAUGCCCUGUUCCUUUUCUACUUUGCCACCAGGGAGCUCCUGCAGCCCUUUGAGCCCAUCCUCAAGUUCCUCACCAUCAAGGCCGUCAUCUUCCUCUCCUUCUGGCAGGGGAUGCUGAUGGCCAUCCUGGAGAGGUGUGGGGUCAUCCCUGAGGUCCAGGUCAUCGAUGGGAGCAAGGUGGGGGCUGGCACACUGGCCGCUGGCUACCAGAACUUCAUCGUCUGCAUCGAGAUGCUCUUUGCCUCCAUUGCCCUGCGCUAUGCCUUCACCUGCCAGGUGUACUCGGAGAAGAAAGAGAACUGCCCAGCCCCCACAGGCCCCAUGCACAGCAUCUCCAGCGGCCUCAAGGAAACCAUGAGCCCCCAGGACAUCGUGCAGGAUGCCAUCCACAACUUCUCACCUGCCUACCAGCACUACACGCAGCAGGCCACACACGAGGCCCCCGUGCCCAGCCCCCACACCAGCGUGGCCAGCACCUCUGGUAGGGGCAGGAACAGCCGCCACCUGGAGAAAAGGAUGCUGAUUCCUGGGGAGGAGCUGUAGGAGGGUGAGGUCGCCUCUCCUGGCUGGGACCAGGCUGUCUAGGCCUCUGGGAGAGGACAGGGCCCUCAACCACCAGUGCUCUUGCCAAAGACCAAGCCUCUCCUGGGAGCCCUCCUGGCAAGCCCAGGGAGCCCACUUCCAUCCUGCCUCUGGCCAGUGGGUCCAGAGCCCCAGAAGGGGGCAGUGGGCUUGUCUGACAAGCCCUGAGACCAGGGCUCAUCUGGCCAUCAGCUCAGGUGGCCACCAUGGGGCAGGGAGCCAGCGUGGCCUCCUGGGUGGACAGAUCCCAAGCUGGGCAGCCACAGGGGAAAACGCCAGGGAAGAGCCAGGCAGCUGGCCCUGAGAGGAUGGGAACUGUGGGCAUCCAGGCCUGUGAGGUCUGCGCAGUGGGGGCCUCGCUGUGGCCUCUUGGGCCUGUGGGAGACGGGCCAAUGCUGCUCUACAUCCCCUCCAGCAGUGGAGAGCCCUAGCAAGCUGCCCACCCGGGGAGAAUAUGCCCAGGGCCCCCUGCAUGGAAACUUUGCCAUGCGGAACUUCUGGCAAAUUGGGUUUAUUUGUCCAUGAACACCUGGGUUUCCUGGCGACUUGUGCCAAGUUGGGGUAUUGUUGGGGGAGGGUCCCGCUGAUGCUCAGAGCAGGGCAAGGAGAGCUCACACUGGAGCCCACGUACCGAGACCCAGAAGUCUUUGCUCUAGAAAACACCUGUGCGUGGAGCCUGCCACCCCCUCCCCGCCCACAUGCCAGGUCAGUGCCCAGAGCGCUUCGAGAGCCGAACCUGGGACGUGGGCCCUGCCCUGUGGAAGCUUUGAAGGGCCCAAGCUGCUAGGGGAGAGGGAGGCCUCUGCAAGGCAGCUUCUGGGGCAGGUGGGGUGGCCAGGGACCUGGGAGCUCAAGGGCCCAUAGAUGUGAGCGCCAGGGCCAGGGAGAGGAAGGUCCGGUGGGCUCCACCCAGCAGCGUGAGAUGGAAAGGCGCUGAUGCUCUGGGAGACUCAGCAGGGCGGGAACUGACCCACCGGUCCAGGUCGGAGCAUGGUCUCCCUCUGCCUCCUUGCUUCCUGGGCCUGGGGACCUGUACCCGAGGCCGGAAGCCUCUCCCAGGGCCCAGCCAGGCUGCCUGAUGAGAUGGGCCACCGCCUGCAUGUCCCCACCCACCCACCUUGUCAUGCCCCCUGCAGCAGGCAGGCCCACAGCUGGCCCAGCUCCGACCCCUUCACAGCCCCAUCAGCAGGUUUGGAGAGGGCACAAUGCUCCCCAGAGGCCUGCCAGCCAAGCAGGGAGGUUUUCUGGGGCUGCAGGAGAGAUGCCGGGCUCCUCUGUGGGCAAAGGCAGGCAGGGCUACCCCCAGGCCUCAUAAGACAGGCCACCCUGUGGGCCUGACUUGCCCAAAGCUGAGUGCACAGAGGGUAAGUGAGCCAGGGCCCCUUCUGGAGACCCAGACACAGCGUGGGCUCCGGCUGCAGGGGUGUCCCAGGCCUGGCCUGUGCAUGGGAACAGCCUGAUCGGGCCUGGCAUUUGGGAGGUAGGGAGGCAGCAUUCACGGAGCAUGCGCUGCAUGCCAAGGGCCAGGCCAGGCACCCCACAUACUCAGUCCUCACAACAGCCCAAGGAAGGUGGCCCGAGGUCACAGAGCCAGCAAGGGGUGGCCAGCCCACCCACCUACCCACCUAGUCACCGACAUCUCUACCUGAGGACUUGGCAGGCUUUUCUUCCUGACAUAGGAAGUAAAGCCCCGGAAUGAAAUGCAGUCGCCUCUGACAGGGCGGGUGGAGGUGCUGGCCCUGCCCACUGGCCCACCCUCCCCAGGGGACGAGGACGAGGGUUUGGAGGGGCACCUGGCCACCCCUGAGAAAGCAGGCAGGUCCCAAGUCAGGGGGUAUCUGACUGGUCUUGGCCUCAGUGUUCUUACCUGUGAAGUGGCCCCCAGGAUGCACACCCGAGGUAAGCAGCCUAGAUGGCAGGCCGGCAGCCAGGGCGGCAGAGCCUUUACUGACUUGCCAGGAGCCCAUGGGGGUCACACCCCCCACUGCCAGCUCUGGGGGCCUUCCCAGGGCAGCUGUGAGAAACAUCCAUGGUUGCCACCGCCAAGCGUGGGGGUCAGUGGCCACACAGAGCUGGGCUCAUGCAUGCUCAGACUUUGAGGGAAGGAACUGGCCUGUGGUCACCCAGAAGUUAGGGGCUGCUGCAGUCAGCUCGGCCAGAGGGCAGAAGGGUUUCAGGCUUCAGAAACCCUGGGCAUCAGGUGUCACCUGCAGCUCGACCCUGCUUCAGAGCCCAAGGCCAGGGCUGCCCCAGCUGUCCCCUAGGGACGGUGAUACAGGGCUGCUCAUCACAGAAGGCCCAACAAGGCGGCAGCACCAAGGACAGGGCCCUGCCGGGUGCUCACUUACAGCCAUGCAGGGUGCAGCUCUCCCCCCAGGGAAGACCCUGUCCCUCAAGCCCUGCAAGCUCACCUCAGAGCUCCAGCCCAAGAAAGGGGGCAAGGCCUGGCUCGCCACAGGAGCACACCGCCCAGCAGAGAGGCCCCUCCUAGCCAGAGAGGGCCUGGCAGCUGCCGGUCAGGACAGGCGCUCAUUCUGCCCAGCACACAGAAAGCAAGCCCUCCCAAGCGCGGACCCAGGGCCUACUCAGGCCACUCUCCUGGUGAGGGCUCUGGGGCCUGGGCCCUAAGCACCAAGUAGGCAAUGAGGUGGGUCUGCAG